GCCAUCGUCUCGCGCGCACGUUUCGGCCAGACUUCGAUCAUCCAUCCACUUGCACGGUGUGCUUAAAUAAAUAGUAUAAUAUUUUGUAAAACACGUCGACCACUUGGAGACAUUAAAAUCCGACCAAAUCUGUUGUGACAAUAGUAUCUACCGUCGGUAAUAAGCCUUUGCCGUGUCCGCGUAACCGAAAUUAAUUUUAACCGUGUAUACGAUCUUUUUUUCUAAAAACCUUCCGAAAACGCUGAUAACGUAAUCGCGACAACGACAACUGGUCGUCUAACGUUUGUGUUCUCGUUGGUAGGCCGAAUCGAACCAUUUUAUACGGUCAAACCGGUGUCGAUUACUCUCGCACACGAUGAACCUGAUGUGCACAGAGUCGCAGACAACGUCCGAAGAUAGGUGUUUCGCCGAGGACCGGACCAUUUUCCGCGACGAGCGGGCCGUCAAGAAGCUGUUGGAAACCGAGUCACAGUACGUGCCCGGGUGCGAUUACAUGGCUCACUCGCAUUCCAACCUGCAGCCUUUCAUGAGACGAGUGGUGGCCACGUGGAUGUUGGACGUAUGCGAAGAACAAAGAUGUGAAGAUCAAGUGUUUCCAUUAUCUGUAAAUUUUCUAGACAGAUUUUUAUGUGCCUGUGACAUAUCCAAAACACACUUACAACUCACUGGUGCAGUUUGUCUGUUAUUAGCAUCAAAAGUGCGACAAUGUACGGCGCUUUCUAUUGAACUCUUGUGCUACUAUACUGAAAACAGCGUCACUCCAGAAGAGAUGAGGGAAUGGGAGUUGUUAGUUAUCUCUAAAUUGGAAUGGAGAAUUGUAGCAGUCACCAGUUUCGAUUACGUGGAUCAUAUUAUGGAACAAAUUAAGUGGAAAAGACGUAAUGAUUCGAUGCUCAGGAGGCAUAUGUUGACGCUCAUCUCUUUCUGUUAUAUCGAACCCGAUUUCAUAGAGAAAAAACCGUCGGUGAUGGCGGCGUCGUGUAUGCUGUCGGCCAUCCGCGGCAUUGACCCGUCAGCGGCCGCCGAGGUGGCCGCCGAGCUGUGCGUGCUGUUGGCGUGCACCGCGGCUGAAGUGGACGAACACGUGUCGCUCAUCGACGCGCUGGUGGCCAGUACGACGGCCGCGGUCACGCCGGAAAAGUCGGAGAACAACAAUCCCGCGUCUGAACCGCCCGUCAAGAAGCCGUACCGCGUGCAGGAUUGCGGCUUGCACGGCGGCGGUCGUCGGUAGUGCGGUGACACGUCCCGCAACCACGACGUUACAUGUAUGCGUGCGUUACAUGACGUCUGCGCGGCGACGAAUGCAAGUAAAUAAGGAACGCGAUUCUCGCGUGCGUCCGUCCGCCCGCACCGUUAACAGACUUAUGACGAUGACAUUUUUAUUUUUUUGACAUUUUUCCCCCGAGAUCCACUCACCGCAAAGGUUGGCUGGUGUGGAUGGUAAGUCGGGUUCUCCAUUUGUCGCCACAUAAUUAUUGUAAGAUAAUAUAAAUUUUGUUUUGUUUCUACCUCAUAUGACAUGAUAAAUUAUACAUUAUUAUUACUAUAACGUUCCGCUGUAGGUGUGUUAUAUAAUUUUUCCUCUUUUUUAAUUUUAAUUUAUUUAUUUCCCCCCUUUCCAAAAAAAAAUAUUAAUUUUUUUAUUAUUUUUACUUGUUUUUUUCUUUUAUUCAACAAUCUUAUUGUAAUAAAUGAAUUUUUCAUCUUUGGUUUUAUUAUGAUAUAACAUUAUUACCCUUUUUUUUUCGCCUUUAGCGAUCUUUGUGGCCACCACCACAAGCGAGGUCUGCUAUCUUAUUUUGUUAAUUAAAUAUUAUUAUUAUUAUUACAUACGUAGGUUAUAAUAUCAUUAUAUAAUUAGUUAUAUUUUUAAAAGAAAAUGUGAUAAAUAGUUUUAGAUAUUAUUAUAAUAUGUCUGCAGGAGCUUAUAUUUUAGCUUCAUAGGGUUAAGUGAUUAUUAUCAAUAUGAUAACAUUAUUCUUCUAUCUUUAGUGUUUUAAGUUUUACAUCCCUUAUUGUUUAUUUUAUUUAAUUAUUAGUUAUUUUAUGUAUGAUCUCUCAUAUUUAUAUGUAUAUAAACAAUAUGGAAAACGUUGUUUCAUUAAAAAAAAAAAUCCAAAAAAAUACCUGAUUUGUAUAUAAUAUUUUUUUUUUUCAUUGAUUGAUAUUUUUUCCCCGUUGAAGAUAUUUAAUAAUUAUUAAUCAUAACAAAAAUAUGAUACGAAUUUAUUCACAGACUUAGUUAAAUUUUGUUAUAACAAUUUAAAUGUAGUGGAAAUUUUAUAGAUCUCUUGAACGUGGGCUAUUCAUAUAUUAUAAUAAUAAUAUUAUUCGUAAAAUUAGUUUUGUUUUAUUAUUACUAAGUAUUAAUUAUUCUUUAUAUUUUCUUUAGUCAUUCAGUAAAAUAAAUUAUUAUUCGAGUCAAAAAGUAGCCAAAUUAUUUACACGUCAUGUUCUUGAUCUCCAAAAACGCGUAUAGAACAAUUUAUAUGAAAAGAAAAUUAUUAUAUAGUUAUUAAGUAAGCACCAAUCUCUAGUAAGGAUAUUAUUAUAAUAUACGUAUAAUACCAUAUUAAGAUUCAACACGUGAACGAUAACUAUAUGUAUAACCAUUAUUUUAACUUCUUCCGUUUUAAAAUAGUUAAGUUGAAUUAUUUUACGUCACAAUAUUAUAGUCAAUGCAAAGGGGUGUGGUUCAAUGACUAUCAUUUGAGUUAUCUUGUUUUUGUCGUACUCCCUGCUGCUGCCCCAUCCCUUAUUUGACUACAAUAGCAGUGACGCUAUUUUCAUUAUAGUAAUAUUAUUAUUAUUACUAUUAUUACAAUUAUUAGUAGCAUCGCAAUUAUAUUGUCAUCAUAUUAUUACCUAGAAGUUAUAUUAUAUAAUAUGUAUACGAUGAGCCAUAUGAUUUUGUCAUCUUCUUUAUUUCGAGGUACAAAAAAUUAUUAUUAUUAAUAAAAUAAUUAAAUUCAUUACCUAUUAUUUUAAUGAUCGGCUAAAUUAUUAUUUUUUUUUUUCGUCUUUUAUUCGAUUAAACGGCCUGACGAAUGUAGGACGGCCCUAUAAUGUAUUUAUAAAUAUUAUUAUUAUUAUUAUUAUUAUUAUUAUUAUUAUUAUUAUUAUUAUUAUUAUUAUUUUUAUUAUUAUUAUUAUUAUUAAAAUUAGUUUUAUAAUAUUAUAUUAAUUGUAAUAUUCUCGCGAGCAGACAGGCCAGUUAUGGCACUGCGCUCAAUACAGCUACACAAACCAAAUCGAAAUGUCCCUAUUUUGAUCGUCAUCGAGCGAUCGUCCCCAAUUCUUCCUUCCCUCCUCACACACUUCCCCGUACUUUAUCGUUAAGUAUUAAUAUAAAGUGUAUACCGAUAAUAUAAUAUGUUCACUUCAUUUAUUUUUAUUUUAUUAUAUGUUUUUUUUUCGUCUGUAUAACUUACGUGUUUUAAAAAGAGAUAUUUAUUGUAUAAAAAAUACGAAAAAUAAAUUAAAACAUAUAUUUUAUAACACCAUAAUAA